GUUCUCAGAGUUUUCCCUGCGCUGGACGUGCAUUGAGAAAUGCCUUUCUGUCUCAUGGACCGUAUCCAGCAAAAGACAAGAUCCACCUCGCCAGGAUUAUCAGGAGGAGUUAUGUCGGUGUGGAGCUGGUCCAGUGGCUCCUGGAGCAGUGUUUGUCGGUUCAGUGCAGGUUAAUGGCGUCUCGUGUCUGGCAGGUGCUGCUGGAGCUGGGAAUACUGCACUCAGUCGACCAGCGGCUGGUGUUUGAAGACUCCAACACAUAUUAUCAGUUCUCGUUCGAGGAGUGCGACGCUCAGGGCUGUGAGUUUCGCAACGAGGAGGAAUGGCAGAAUGGCGUCCGUCUUCUGCUGCAGCUCGUCCCCUACGUCCAGUUCAGGGUUGUCAGCCCACCCGAGGAAGACCCAGACAGGAAGCGUGAUAUCUGCAGCGAGAUCCUGCAGAUGAAGGCUCUGGAGAGACUCACGUCCACGGUGCAGAAUGAACUUGCUGCUGCUCUCGCAAGAAAAGCCAAGAAGUCGAUGUCAGAAGAUGAAAGUUCAGAGGCAUCAGACGUUUCUCCUUGCUCCCAAAACAGCGAAGUGAUAUUUCAGGGCUUUCCUGACUUGGGUGUUGGCUCGCUGACCUUGAAGAAUUCUUUUUGUUUUAACUUCUGGGCUGUCAAGAUUUGCACGCUGCAGUCUUGUCUGUAA